UUGGGUGAGGGCAACUACAGUGAGUGGGUGAUCUGGAUGGAAGCAGAGCUGAUCAGAAAGGAGCUGUGGGAGGUGAUGACAAUUGAAACAUCGCCACCGACGGAUGCGACGGAGAUGGAGGCAGCAGUGUGGCUGGAGGCAGAAAAGACCAAGCGCUUGACGACCAAGAUGGCGAAAGCGUGGGCGGAAAUGGUGCUGGCAGUGAAGGGCCUCGACGAGGUGAUGUUAGCAUGGAUCAGGCGGGUGAAGAAAAUGGCCGCAGAUCUGGAAUACGCCAGGGUAAAAGUAGAAGAAGAGAACAUGGUGUUGGGACUCACCAUGGGCCUUGGAGAACACUACGACCAGCUCGUAGUCGCGCUCGACUCGAUCCCACCCAAACAGCUCACUGUCGCAAACGUUACAGCGAGACUUCUGAAUGAGGAGACCCACCAG